AUAUUUACCCGCUACAAUGAUACCACUGGGGUGUUCUAUCAUAUUGGUUUCUGGACGCCAGACAGUCUUCGGGAUGGUCCGUUGAAUUGGCAUAGUAGAGUCCGUCGUAUCCGGCGCCGAGGGAGAUAUUUCGAUCAUGCAUAGGGUACGAGGAUACACUUCCAUAAGAAAAGCACAGGCCGACAUGCGUAAUUCCUGCAUGUACAGAGGUCAUAUUCCAUCAUCCUGUGCGUGGACCUCGGCGUCGUAGGGUUGCAGGGUACGUGUGGUCUCUGCUGGGAGAGGAGGGGUAGAGAAUGGGUACAUAACCUUCUCCAUGCAGAGUACUAGUGAGGCUUGAAGACAUGAUUGGACUAGAUCUGGGUGGCCAGUACCCGACUCCCAUCGACCACGUAAGAGACACAAGGUUUUCUUCCCGGAUGUGGAUGUGCACGUAGAUAUGUUGGCAGAUAUGUUGAGAGCCUGUCCCAUACGUGCACUGAGUAAACGCAUGAGCGCGUCUGAAAGUGAUUCCCACGGUGACUGCCAUGAUUUCCGUCAUGUCAAACUCCUCGCUACGCUCUGCAGACGCCACGAGAGCAGUGGUUCCCGUCGGAGAUGAGCGACCUUCAAACCUUCGAACACUUUCAGCAGUACGUGAACAGGUCGCACAAGAAAUCGCAAUGCGAACGGUGAACAAAGCGCAAGUUGUUGAUGGUACCCUUUCCCCCCAUCCCUAAAGAGCAAGAAACUAACACCGCUCAAGUCUAGACGUACAAAUAGGCGUCUCGUUCACAUUUUCGAGCAAAAAGUCUUCCGAUGCCGACUUGGAUUUCCUCAAACUCAUCGCGUCGCAGAUUGUACUAUUGACGGUUUCCAAGGACAACAAUUAUAUGUACGUGGUUGCGACGUCUGGACUCCCACCACCCGACGUCCCAUACAAUUUUAUCCUCAUCUGCGCAUCAGACGAUGACUACCUGCAACGUGCACUGGCACUGAUAUCAUCCAAGUUUGUGGGAAGGGUGGAUAAAGUUCGUGCGAUAACACCAGUGGCAUAUGUAGUGGAGGUUCGGGAGGUGGGACUGAGUUCGUAUGACGAGUUGGCACUAUGGGACGCUGUUAGGAAAAGCGCACGAGCACCGAUAGAUCCUUUGGUACCCCCACCGGGAUCGAGAAGCGCGGAAAGGAUGUUGAGCGAUGCUCGAGCUCAUCUUCAGCGGUUGACACCCAAGAGGGCGUUUGAAGAGUUGAGAGAUCCUGUGGAAGACGGAGUGCAGGCACCCACGUUCCUUGUUGACAUCCGAGAGGAACGGGAACGUAGUCGGGAAGGAGGCAUCAAAGGGGCUGUCGUGGUGGAUCGCAAUGAGCUGGAAUGGAAGUUUGACCCAAGGGCGCCAAAGGGAGAACGACUGGGCGUGGUGGACAGAUAUGACUUGAGAGUCAUCGUCUUUGACGGAGACGGGCGAGCGAGCAGCCUGGCCGCGUAUCAGCUACGGCAGUUGGGAAUGUGGAACGCGACAGACAUUGUCGGGGGUUUCAGGGCGUGGAAAGAAGACGGGUUUCCUGUCAGCGAACGAGGGAUUGACGGACUGUUGGUGGAUCUGGACAUCAGUAGGCUUGGCGCGUGAUUGACGUCCAUGUACCUUAGCUACUCCUAACUCGGUCUUCUCUCGCGAUGCCUCCUAUCUCACAAGGGCGCUGUUCAUGUCAUGUCAAACCUCACCCUGUGC